GCAAAGCUACUGAGUACAACCUCCAAAUCUCAUCAUCCGUCGUCAGAAUGGACGCUUAGGUGUUGAAUUCCGUGGACCGUCUGGUAGAGCUCAGCGAAGCCCAAUAGUUGCUCUCUUUCUUUGCCUUUGAAUUUCGCACUAUUUUUCUAUUUUACAUUUUUCUUUGGGCGCCGUGGUGGUGGUGGGGCGUUUGGGGGCGAAGAUUUUGUUUUUGGCUUGUCCCGGACUUUCUCGGGAAAAUUUUAGACGUUGAGAAUGACGAGAAUGCCAAUGCUUUUAGUUCCUACGGAAAUUAUUGGUUUGGUUGGGGACUGGUGGGAUGAGAUCAAUGAGUCGACUCGGUGGCAGGAUGGGAUGUUCUACGCUCUAUGUGCUGCUUAUGCCCUUGUCUCCUCUGUUGCUCUGAUUCAAUUAAUAAGGAUUGAAUUGAGAGUGCCCGAAUAUGGUUGGACAACGCAGAAAGUUUUCCACCUUAUGAACUUCAUUGUGAAUGGAGUUCGUGCAAUUUUGUUUGGAUUUCACAAGCAAGUGUUUGUUUUGCAUCCCAAGGUGCUAACAUUGGUAUUAUUGGAUCUUCCGGGACUUCUCUUCUUUUCUACUUACACCCUGCUUGUCCUAUUUUGGGCAGAGAUAUAUCACCAGGCAAGAAGUUUGCCAACUGAUAAGCUCAGAAUUGUUUAUAUUUUAGUCAAUGGUGGAAUUUACUUCUUGCAGGUUUGCAUCUGGGUAUACCUUUGGAUACAUGACAACAGUGUUGUUGAAUUCAUUGGAAAGAUUUUUGUUGCAGUGGUAUCAAUUAUAGCUGCAUUGGGUUUCUUGUUGUAUGGAGGAAGAUUAUUUUUCAUGCUGAGACGCUUCCCUAUUGAAUCUAAAGGGAGAAGAAAAAAGCUCAAUGAGGUUGGAUCAGUUACAGCUAUAUGUUUCACAUGCUUCCUCAUAAGAUGUUUUGUGGUUCUUCUUUCUGCUUUUGAUUCAGAUGCAUCACUUGAUGUUUUGGACCAUCCAGUUUUGAACUUGAUCUAUUACAUGCUGGUCGAGAUUCUACCCUCAGCUCUAGUGCUCUACAUCCUGCGGAAGUUGCCUCCCAAGAGAAUAUCAGCACAAUAUCACCCAAUUCGUUAAGUGCAAUGUUUCUUUGUUCUGGUGUAUUUUUUUCAUGGUUUGAAGUAGGUGAUAUUGGAGCUAAGCAGGACAGAGCAGAGCCAGACAAACAAAUCCAGAUGCAUUCUGGUAUGGCUCAUGAUAGCGGCAAUUCUUUUUGCAUGUAUAUUACACAGCCGUUUGCCGCUUGCUUAAGGGAGGGUAUUUGAGUUGAUUUCUUAAUAGGUUAUAUCGGCUUGAGGUAUUGGUUGUUUGAUACCUUGUAUGAAUAUUUUUUACAAAAUUUGGCGGAAGGAAAAUUUUCUUUAGUUUGUGGUAGUUACUCUUCAGUCUGUUUUUAGGCCUAGUUUAAUGUUAAUGUUGCUUGGUGAACAGUUGAUUGAAAUAAAUUUUUUACUUUUAUUUUUC